AAUAUUCCCCCCACCCACCAUAAAGCAGCCUCCCGUAGGGGGGGGUUCUUUUACGAAGGCAGCCGUACACCCCCAACUACCACCUUUCCCGUCUCUAGUUGCUGCUUGGUACGCGAAGGAGUCAUGUCCAGGCCGGUUAGGAACAGAAAAGUGGUUGAUUAUUCACAAUUUCAAGAUUCUGAUGAUGAAGAGUAUGGAAGAGAAUCUGGUCCACCAGCCAAGAAAUCUCGGGCAUCAACUAGAGAGAGCAAAGAGAAAAGGCGUUCUGGAAAAAACUCACAAGAAGACAGUGAAGAAUCUGAUGAAAAAGAUGUGAAGAAAACCAAAAAAGAAGAGCGUAAAUCAGGAGAUGAUGACUUUGGCAGUGAUGAUGACUUGGCAACUGGAGAUGGAAAAGCUGACAGUGACUAUGAAAGUCCUAAAAAAAGCAAAAAGGGCAAAAAAACGACACCAGAGAAGAAGCGGUCUUCCAAACCUAGAAAAAGAUCUGCUGCAGGUGGCAGUGACGAUGAAAAGGAACAACGUAAAAAUGUACGCCAGCAAAGACAAGCUGCAUCCAAGGCUGCUUCCAAGCAGAGAGAGAUGUUGAUGGGUGAUGGUGGAAGCGAAGAUGAAGAGCAGGAAGAUGAAGAGGAAGCACAGUUUUUGGAAAAAGAUUCGGGGAGUGAUGAGGAUUUCAUGGUUGAAGAUGAUGAUGACAGUGACUAUGGUCGAUCGAAGAAGAAGAAAAAAAUGGUGAAAAAAUCUAAACCUGAGGCGAGAGAGAAAAAAGUACCUAAGCCCCGACUAAAGGCUACAGUAACCCCCAGUCCAGCAAAGGCCAAAGGAAAGAGCCGACCUGCGGCCUCAAAGGCAUCCAAGGAGAAGUCUCCAUCACCUAAACCAGAAGAGGAGGAAGAUGAUGAUGAUGAUGAACCAGAGACACCACCACCAGAGAAGAAAACUGCAAGCCCUCAGCCGGAGAAAUCUGAUGACGAAGCAUCAGAUGAAGAAGCUCAGUCUACAGAAGACUAAACCUUGUGUUUUGGGUGGGUUGGGGGAGGCUGUAAGGGCGAUUUGGGGAGAUUUUAUUAAAAAAAAAACAACAAAAAAAACCAAAAGUACAAAAAGACAGAUGGGGUAUAGAACAUGAGGCUAUUGCUUGACUUAUUCACCUCCAACUGUCUUUGAUUUGUUUUAAGAGCAUCAUAUGCGCUUAUUUUCCUUUUUAAUUUUUUUUUUUUUAAUCCAGCUGAAGGUGAUACUAUUUUAUGGAGUGGUCAUUUGGUGGUUCCAUCACCUGUUUUGAAUAAAGCCAUGCACAUUUUUACUAUGUCUGCAUUACUAA